UUCUUCCUUUAGUGCCUUAAUUCUUCCUGGUCGAUUUGACAUGCAAGUUACAGUUCCAAGGCCAGAUGUAAAAGGUGGAACAGAAAUUUUGAAAUGGUAUCUGAAUAAAAUAAAGUUUGAUCAGUCUGUUGAUCCAGAAAUCAUAGCUCGAGGUACUGUUGGCUUUUCUGGAGCAGAGUUGGAGAAUCUUGUGAACCAAGCUGUGUUAAAGGCAGCUGUUGAUGAAAAAGAAAUGGUUACCAUGAAAGAACUAGAGUUUUCCAAAGAUAAAAUUCUAAUAGGUCAUGAAUGUAGAAGCAUGGAAAUUGAUAACAAAAACAAAACUAUCACUGCGUAUCAUGAAUCUGGCCACACUAUCUAG